AUGGAGAGCGAGCGCGACAUGUAUCGCCAGUUCCAGGACUGGUGCCUUAGGACUUACGGGGACUCAGGGAAGACCAAGACGGUGACCCGUAAAAAAUACGAGCGGAUCGUCCAGCUCCUCAACGGCUCCGAGUCGAGCUCCACGGACAACGCCAAAUUUAAAUUCUGGGUCAAAUCGAAGGGCUUCCAGCUGGGCCAGCCGGAUGAGGUCCGCGGGGGAGGCGGCGGCGCCAAGCAAGUGCUCUACGUGCCGGUCAAGACCACGGAUGGAGUUGGCGUAGAUGAGAAGCUGUCUUUGCGGCGGGUAGCUGUGGUUGAAGAUUUCUUUGAUAUUAUCUAUUCAAUGCAUGUGGAAACAGGGCCAAAUGGAGAACAAAUUCGAAAACAUGCUGGACAGAAGAGAACUUACAAAGCAAUUUCAGAGAGCUAUGCCUUCCUACCAAGAGAAGCGGUGACACGAUUUCUAAUGAGCUGCUCAGAGUGCCAGAAAAGAAUGCAUUUAAACCCAGAUGGAACAGAUCAUAAAGAUAAUGGAAAGCCUCCUACUUUGGUGACCAGCAUGAUUGACUACAACAUGCCAAUUACCAUGGCCUAUAUGAAGCAUAUGAAAUUGCAGCUGCUAAACUCACAGCAAGAUGAGGAUGAAAGUUCAAUAGAAAGUGAUGAAUUUGACAUGAGUGACUCAACACGGAUGUCAGCUGUGAACUCUGAUCUUAGCUCCAAUCUUGAGGAAAGAAUGCAAAGUCCCCAGACUCUUCAUGGCCAGCAAGAUGAUGAUUCUGCUGCAGAGAGCUUUAAUGGCAAUGAGACUCUGGGCCACAGUUCAAUUGCUUCAGGGGGAACACACAGCAGGGAGAUGGGAGACUCCAACAGUGAUGGCAAGACUGGGGUGGAACAGGAUGAACAGCCACUGAAUCUGAGUGACAGUCCCCUCUCUGCACAGCUGACUUCGGAAUACAGAAUAGAUGAUCACAGCAGUAAUGGGAAAAGCAAAUAUAAGAAUCUUCUAAUUUCUGACCUCAAGAUGGAGCGAGAGGCGAGAGAAAAUGGAAGCAAGUCUCCUGCCCAUAGUUACUCAAGCUAUGAGUCUGGCAAAAAUGAGAGUGUAGACCGAGGCGCCGAGGACCUGUCACUCAACAGGGGGGAAGAGGAUGAAGACGACCACGAUGACCAUGAUGAUUCUGAGAAAGUUAACGAGACGGAUGGUGUCGAAGCAGAACGGCUGAAAGCUUUUAAUUCUCGACCUAUUCCUUCCCACCUUACUUCAGCAGUUGCAGAGAGUAUCUUGGCUUCAGCCUGUGAGAGUGAGAGUAGAAAUGCUGCUAAGAGGAUGCGUCUGGAUAAACAACAGGACGAGUCUGCUCCAGGGGACAAACAGUGUAAACCAGAGGCAGCCCAGGCCACCUAUUCAACGUCAACGGUUCCGGGCUCACAGGAGGUCUUAUACAUCAAUGGAAAUGGGACCUACAGUUACCAUAGUUACAGAGGGCUAGGAGGAGGACUGCUAAACCUGAACGAUGCUUCCAGUAGCGGACCCACCGAUCUCAGCAUGAAGAGGCAGCUGGCAACUAGCUCGGGCUCCUCCAGCAGCUCCGGCUCCAGACCUCAGUUGAGUCCAACAGAAAUCAAUGCCGUGAGACAGCUUGUCGCAGGGUAUCGAGAAUCAGCUGCAUUUUUAUUGCGUUCUGCAGAUGAACUGGAAAAUCUCAUUUUACAACAGAACUGAGUCAAAUGCUGACCAGAUUCACUGAGUUCUAAAUUUGCAGUUUCCACUAAUGACAUUUUGAUUUCCCAGCAGAGAUACUUCUGGUCUUACUGCACAAUCUUUUAAGAGAAAUACUUCCAUUAUGCCACAUUGUCCUUGAUCCAUAAAGUGAUGUGUUAAGGUGCUUCAAAGGAACUUUGGCCUCUGAAGCACUUGAGAUACUUAAAUUUGUUCAGCCUAUUGCUUUUUGUUUUAAUGUGUCAGCAUAAGUAUCA